AUGAGUUUCACCUUUGACACUAGCGGCGGCAGCAGCAGCGGCAGCAGUAGCAGUAACUCCUCACAACAGGCACAAGGAAGUUCAAACCCAACCAACACCAACACUGCUCAUCCAAUCACUGGUGCCAAAGAUGCCUUGAGCUCCGCCGUCACAAUUGGAGGAGGAGAAGACUUUAAUACUCCCACUCAAGGUUCAAAGACUGUCGAGAUAUCAAACUUUUCCAAUUACAAGGAAAGUUUCUAUACACCUAUAUUUCAUUUAUGUGAUUCAAAUUGGAGAUUAUUAAUAUUUCCAGAAGGUAAUAAUAGUCCAGGAAAUAUAUCUAUAUUUCUUGAUUACUAUGAUAUUGGUGUCAACCCAUUAUUUGAAAAAGAUGCCAAUCUAACGUUAACUCUUAUCAAUCAAGGUGACUCGAAAAAGAAUGUCAAGAAAACAUCACAACACAAGUUUUCAUUCAAAGGUGUAAAUUGGGGUUUUGUCAGUUUUCUUUCACUACAAACUUUAUUAAAGACUGAAAAUGGUUUCCUUAUUCAAGAUAAAUUAAAAAUCAAAGUGGAAAUUCAAUCUCAUUCUGGUACAAUAGAUAAAUCAGAUCCAAAAAAUGCAAAACCAUAUGGUAAAUUUAGUUAUAGUUUAACGAAUUUUAGUCAUCAUUUUGAAAACUUUUAUUCUCCAACUUAUUAUGUUUGUGGAUCGAAUUGGAGGAUCUAUAUCUUUCCAAAUGGAUAUUCUUCACCAAAUUAUUUUUCAGUGUAUCUGGAUUUGUUGGACGUCAAGUUUAAACCAUUGAUGAGCAAACAUCUCUUUUUUGCAAUCGAAAUUGUCAACCAAAAAUAUCCUGAAAAGAAUCUAAAGAAAUGGGUCGACCAUCAAUACGACGAUAAAAAUAUGAACUUUGGUUUCCCCAAAUUUGUUCUACUCUCAACACUUUUAAAUAGUGAUCUUGGUUACAUUGUUGACGAUACAAUCAUUAUCAAUAUCGAAUUUACUGUAAUGUCUUCAAAUUGUGAUGAACCUUCUCCAAAUUUUGAAAUUGAUUCAAAUUUAAAUAAUCCAGAUUGUGGAAAGUUUACAUUUCCUUCAAAAAAGAAUCCCAAUAUCGAUCUGCUAUUCUCUCCAACAUUUAAUAUAGCAGGAAGUAAUUGGCAAUUGGUUAGUUAUCCACUCGAAAACUUGACCGAUUAUUUUUCAAUUUAUUUGGAUUUGGUUGAUAUCAAAACUAAACCACUCUUGAGAAAACAUAUAUCAUUUGCAAUUGAAAUUGUCAAUCAAGUUAAUCCUUCAAAAAGUUUUAAAAAGUAUAUAAGUAAUAUUUAUUCAUAUAAUUCAUUUAGUUGGUUAUUUCAAAAGUUUAUGAAGGUUUCAACACUUAAUGAUCCAAAGUAUGGAUUUAUAAAGAACGAUACGAUCAUUAUCAAUGUGGAAUUGAUUAUUAUAUCAUCGGAUUUCUUGAAACCAUUGCCUUUUGAUCACACCAACACCAACCUUGUAGAUAGUCCCAUCAAAAAAUCGCAACAAUUACUCCUUCUUGAACAUUUGAAACAAGAAAUGUUAUUGUCAUCAGCGAAUACCACCAACCAACCAACUGUAAAUAAUACUGAAUCCAGAAUAGCAACCAAUUAUAAUAUUAACAAUAACAACAAUAAUAAUAACACUGCCAAUACCACCAACACUACUACUACUACCACCAAUAACUUUGUUAAUCAGUGUUAUCCAUCGGUAUCUCAUCCAUCUCCAUCAAACUCGAUUGCAUUACCAUAUAAUUUCAUCGAUGAAUGUUCUCACUCCAAGAACCGAUUAAAGGAAGAAUCUGGUUCAUUCUGUUUUGACAUUCACAAUUUUUCCACUCUCGACAAAUCAUUCUACUCUCCAGUGUUUGCUUUAAACCGUACCAAAUGGAGAUUCUAUAUCUUUCCAAAAGGUAACUCUGUACAAAACUUUUUCUCAUUGUAUUUAGACUAUGUCGAUCCAAAGACAAAACCAAAGAUUAGACAAUAUAUUUGUUUUAUUUUAGAAGUUGUAAAUAAGAAAAAUCCUUCUAAAUCUGAAAAGAAAUAUUCCUUCCAUACCUUUUGUUAUAGUAGUGUAAAUUGGGGAUUCAAGAAAUUCAUCUCACUAGAGACGAUUAAAGAUAUGGCAACUGGAUUUAUGGAAGAUGAUACUGUCACUGUCAAGGUUACUAUUUAUUUCUUAUCUCAAUCAAUUUUGGAUACUAAACAUUUAUUGGGAUAUUCAAAUGAAAGAUCAAAACAUCUUAAACUUCAUAUGAACAAGGAAGAUGAUGUAUUGACACCAGAGACAAUUGCCAAACAAAAGACAGAGGAAGAAGCAUACUAUUAUCAUACGAUCAAGUUGACAAUGGAUUCUGAUUUUGAAAAGACCAAUUGUUUUGAUUUGAUCGACUUUAGUAAUCACCAACCAAUCAAGAUCAGAAAGACUUCUACUCUCUUGGAAUUAAAGUUACAAAUCCAAAUGAUCUAUGGUAUCUCUUUUGAAAGACAAAGAAUUUGGUUCUGGGAUCACAAUCCCAAUCAAAAACCAUCAAAGGUUGCAAGAUGUCCUGUUAUUUUAGAUGAUGAAGAUAUUUUUAAUCAAUAUAUUUCUCAUUUUAGUGGACUUGAAAUGAGAUUCCAUUUGGAAGUAUCAUCAGCACCUCAACCAAAUGAUAAGAAUCUAUUCUUUGAUCCUAUUCAAGCAGACUAUUGUUUGAUCUUUUUCAAGUACUAUGACUCUUGCAAGCAAAAGAUUGAGUUUAUUGCCUCCAAGGUAUCAUACACUGUCAUUCCACUGUCUGCUUUUAUUCCGUUCCUCAACCAAAAGAUUGGUAAUACUGUCGACAGUCCAUUGUUGCUCUAUGGUGAAUUCUCAAUGAAUCUGCUCUAUCAACUCGAUCCAAAUCGUACUCUCAAAUCCUAUGGUGUCAAUCAUGGUGAUAUUAUUUAUUGUCAAAAGAUUCAACCAUUAAGAGAGAAAGCUCAAUUACCAUUUGUAUCAGAUUAUUUCAAUUUUGUUUACAACAAGGUUAUUAUUACAUUCCAGAUUUUGAAUUAUAAGAAUAUCAACAAUGAUGCUCCAUUUUCAUUUAAACUCGAAAUCUUAAAGGGAAUGACCUUUGUUGAAAUUGUUAAAAGAGUGGCUGAAGUAGUUCAAACCUUCCCUCAAAAUAUCAAUCUCUAUUCUGUUUCUCAAACACCUCCAACAAACAAUGCUUUAAUCUCACCUGAAGUAUCCAAAGUUUUAUCCAAUUUAUCAUUAAUAUAUUUAAUUAUAAUAUCCAGCUCAACUCAACCAACUCCAAACCCAACCAACUACCAUCAACAUUUAUUUAUCUUUUAA